AUGGUCUAUACCGAACGCAAUGAGAAGUGCCUGAGCAGCUCGUCCAAGGACAAGCCAACUUCUAAGGACUACAACCGCUCCAAGUCCGGAUCCUCUGGUUCAGCAACCGCUUGGAGUGGUCAGGCCUCUAAUGCCGAGAAAUGGAAGUACAACAAUAUGGUCCAGGAUGAUCGGGAAAAGUUCAAUGGAAUGCAUUUCUCUUAGAUCAGAGGAAUACAUAUCCUGUUGAAGGAAGGAUAACUGGGACCGGGGGAGCUGCUUGUUUGUUAUUGUUACUUCUAUAAGUUGGGCUUAGCUGGGUUUCGCUUUAAAUUAGUUCUGUAAGAGUUUUGUUUAUAUGGAUUUAAGUAUUGCUAUGUGAUACAGAGAAGAAAAAACCAACAAAAUUAACACUUCAAUUGGUUUAAAAAAAAAAAAUUAAAUCAUUAAGAGAUGCGCAAAGAAA